AAAAAAUAUCCAAGAAAAGAAAUUCCCUAUACUCCAUCGUCGUAAUGUCUCCAUCUCAGAAGUCACAAUCUGAAUAUGUUCAACCUGGACUUUUUCAUCGUCUAUUUUUUACUUGGUGGCUUGGUCUUCUCAAGUUAGUGGCUCAAAGACCUCUAACCCCUGAAGAUCUUUAUCCACUGCCAGAUGAAUAUAAGGCAGAAAACCUGGUUCAACGACUUGAAAAAACUUGGUCACAAGAACUAAACGACGCAAACACAGAUGGCAGACGGCCCAAACUAUGGAAAGCUAUUCUUCGUGUCUUGCCAAUGAAACACUAUUUAAAAACGGCGACCUUGGGACUGGCAGAAGUGUUCGCGUUGUAUGCGCUAAUAUUCUUUCUUUGGCUGUUUUUUGAAUAUCUGCAAGGCGAAUCGCAUAUGGAGAAGUGGCAUCCUCCUGUUAUUGUAUUAGGUAUUGGUCUUUGCAGCUAUCUCAGGGCGUUUACCUUCCGUCAUAGUAUAUAUGUUACCUUAAACAUUGGCAUGCAGCUAAAGGUAGCUGUAAUUGGGAUCGUCUACAAACCGAUUCUUUUAAUGACAGACAGUGGUAUACAAAGAGCUACCUCAGGGGCGAUCAUGAACCUAAUAUCCAACGAUGCACAACGAAUGGAAGAGCUAAUAUAUACAUUUUUAUUGACUGUCAGUGGCUUUUUGUCAAUUCUAACUGGAUUUCUUCUAUUGUGGGCACUAGUUGGUUGGCAGUCUUUAUCAGGAACAUUGGUUUUAGUUCUAUUUUUAAUCAUUCAAACUGGUUUACUAAAUGCUUAUGGAAAAUUACGCUACAAGCAAAAACAAGCAACUGACCAUCGUCUAGCAGCAGUCAAGGACGUCAUUUCAGGAAUACGAGCUGUCAAGAUGCAUGCAUUGGAAUGGAAAUUCAGCGAUAGAAUCAUGUCUUUGAGAAGAAACGAAGUUAUUCAGCUUCGUCUCCUUGGUGCAUUCUCCGCCCUCCCGGGUUCACAGAUCUUGACACUGCCGCUGCUGGCAACGCUUGUAUCUAUUGCAACGUUAAUCUACUCCAGUGUUCUUACCAAUGUGGUCAAUGUCUUCACUGUAGUUUUAAUGUAUAGUGUAAUAGGAAUGGAUGUUGCCUUCUCGUGUAACUAUAAUUUAAUAGAACUGGCACAUAGUUUUACAUCUAUAAAGAGAAUACAAGAAUUUCUCAUGAUCUCGAGAGAUUCGUGGAACCACCAGACUAUCAAACAUCAGAAAACCAUAUCGCUGAAGGCGGGCCUCAUAAAUCGUCUCAAUGACAUUUUCUGUGAGAGGAUAGUUCUAAAACAGUCCAAUACAUGCACAGCGUAUUCUUUGUUAAACAAUGAUGUUAGUUACAAUAGCAAGGAAGAUGUGCCAAAUGAUGUCACUGAAGGUAUUGCACCAAAUGUCACAGUUAAGAAGAUGUCAGCAGGCUGGUUUGAAGAUGACGAACAGUGUACCUUGCAUGAUAUUUCCUUUAGUACAGAACCAAACCAGUUGCUAAUGGUUACAGGACCUGUGGGGAGUGGCAAGUCCACGUUAUUAAUGGCUAUCUUAAGAGAGAUUCCUAUCAAGUCGGGAAAUAUCUCUACACACGGAAUAAUCGCUUAUGUCAGUCAAUAUCCCUGGAUAUUCACUGGAACAGUACGCGAUAAUAUACUCUUUGGACAAAAGUUUGAUAAACACAGAUAUCAAAGAGCCAUAGAUGUUUGUGACCUUAAUGAAGAUAUCGGCCAUUUUCCCAAAGGAGACAUGAGUUUGACUGGGCAGCGAGGCGUCACUUUGAGUGGUGGUCAACGUGUACGUGUUAGUUUAGCACGAGCAGUCUACUAUAAUGCUGAUGUUUAUUUGCUUGAUGAUCCACUGAGCGCUUUAGACGUCAAGGUUGGUAGAUACGUCCUGGAUGAAUGUAUCUGUAAUCAUCUGUCAAGUCGGAUACGAAUUCUAGUGACGCAUCAACUUCAACAUCUCCACCGAGCUGACAAAAUCUUGUUGAUGAAAGAAGGUCGUUUAAUGACUCAGGGCUCGCAUAAACAGCUUAUCAGUGAGGGUUUGAUUGGAGAUGUUGUGGAAUAUGAUUCAAAAACAGAUAACUUGAAAGAAAACACAGGGGAGGAGGUGAAAGUGAAGUUUAACACACUCAUACAAAACUCUUGUAGAGAUAUGGAAGAGGAGGAUGAAGAUAGACAACUGGGAACAGUAACGUGGCAGGUUUAUUGGAAGUAUCUGAGGUCAGGACUACAUCCUGUGCUGUUAACGUGCUUUGCAUUGUUUUAUCUGGCAGUCCAAGGAAGCAUACUGGCUCCGCAGUUGUGGCUUUCMCGAAUWGUCAAAUUACCAAAACAUCAACAGAAGGGCUUUGAAGCUCUUGGAAUGCUCGCUAUACUUGUUACUGUUGCUUUUGUCUUGUGUUAUUCAAGACAGCUGUUGCUCUACAACAUCUUAGUCAAUGCUUCCAAGAACCUUCAUGACAAGAUGACUCUGGCAGUUUUGAAGGCUCCUGUCUUGUUCUUYGAUACAAACCCUCUAGGACGAAUAAUCAAUCGUUUCUCGAAAGACAUUGGUUACAUGGAUAAUUUGAUGCCUGRA